AAUAGCCGAAAGAUACUUCAAGAGGAUAGAUGCAUUUGGUUGUGGAUUGGAUGUGAUCUCUUUUUCUGUGCUGCUGGAAUUUCCAUCAAAAUAGUGGAACGUGAGAAGUGCAGAAAGUGAAGAAUUAUUCAAGUGAGCAAAUCGAUAAAUUCCUUUAGUGAAAUGUUUUGAAUUGUUUAGUGAAAAAUGUGGAAACUCUGCUUUAUUGUGAUUGUCUCAAUUUCACUCUCAAUAGCCAUUAAGAGUCCCGAGAACAUCAGUUCAAGACGCACUCAAAAUGCGGUCAACUUUUUUCCCGAUGACACCCAAGAGAAUUACAACACAGCUCAUGGUGUUAACAACGAUGUCUCGUCAUUUCGUUUCCAAGAUGAUCAGAGGGAUUUGAAUCAAAAUGAGAUUCUAGUGUCACCAGCGCAGAAAUUUCAGCAAUCUCCCUACCAGAGACCACAAUCCCCGUAUUACUUGACGCAGUAUCCUAAUCUCGGCGGCACCGCUAAUCCUCAACCCAACCCCUAUGCUGGCUCAUAUGGUUACUAUGUACCAAAUCAGGAGGAUAAUAGAGAGGGAGGCCGCGCACAAAUCCCAUAUCCCUUCCAGAGGCCACAACAACUUGCCGGUCAGUUUGGGCCAGUAAACUAUGCGGCUCAAUUUGCCAACAACUACCGUCCCGGAGGACCUGGUGUCAACUAUCCUGGCAGCCUGCAACAAGUGGGAGGAAGUCCACUAUAUGACGGCUACAGACGACCACUGGCUAAUGUAGGUGUACAAUUUGGGCAGGCCAUCGAGAAUAUCGCACGGUAUGACGAUUUGCAGUGUGUACCAAAAAUACUCUGCCAGAUGGUGGGAAAUCCCAAUCGACAAUCGAAUCUCCCGUCAUUUCUCAGUGCACCAUCGCUUUCAGCUUUAAUUUCAGCACUUCCUUCUACAUCCCCGGCGCUGAUUUUUGGACGUGCAGCACUCCUCGGAUUCAGUGGUGGUGAAAGUCGAUGUGAUUCCGCGUACCCGAGGUGUCCCAAAAAUGAGGACGAUGUCUUGAAUUAUCUAAACAACCAUCGUGGAGGAUUCUUCAGGUUCUUCAAUGGUGGUGCUAGCUUUGGAGAUGACAUUCCAAGUUACCAACAAAAUUACAGACCCGGUUACCAGCAGCAAGGUACCUAUCAGAAUCCACAGUAUCAGCAGAAUCAGCAAGGAACUCAGGGGACUUUUGACUUAAACUCCUUGCAAGCUCUUCUUCAAGGUGGAGGUCAAAGUAGUGGAGGUUAUUUAGGCAAUCAAGGAUCAAAUACUAUUAAUUUGGGAAGUUUGGCUUCCCUCAUAGGAGGAGGAGGAGGAGGAGGAAGUCAAGGUUCUGGAUCUAGUACAUUGAACUCUCUAGGAUCUUUGGCCUCUCUUGUUGGAGGAAGUGGUCAGGGUUCUAGUUCUAGUACUUUAAACUCUUUAGGAUCCCUAGCUUCUUUAAUUGGAGGAUCUGAAGGACAAAGUCAAACAGCAGGCCUUAGUCAACUUGUCGGAAAUCUCUUGACAGGAAUUGUUGGAGCUAGAUUUGCUGGCCGUUCCAGGAGUUCAGGAAGAAGAAUCCAGAAGAGACACAUUGAUGAUAAGCUGGAUGAAGGCUUCAGUGAUAGUGGAGAGCUUGAUAAGUUGCUGAGAAGCUUUUCGGAACAAUCAGGUGCUGAUACAAAAAUUAGCAGCAAAAAGAGGAAUUUAAACGAUGAAUUAGGGAACUUGGGUAACUUGAAAGACACACACAAGAAAAAGAAGUAUUUAGUGGAUGAAACCAAGAAAGAUCAGGUAAAAACCCUCCAGAAACUUUUAAACAUAAAACCGAAAAUUGUUAAGUUGGACAGCAGCAAAGAAAUUGAAGCUGAAGACAGGAUUCUAAAUAUCAGUGAUGAGAGCAUUGAGGCAGAAGAUAGGAUAUUAAAUCUAGGACAAAGUUCUAGUGUCCACCAAAUCUCCUUCAAUCCUAUCACCUUUCCUCAGGAAUAUCUCUAUGUGUCUUCUGAGGAAGCAAACAGGGUGCCAAAGCUGAUAACAUUUGGACCUCCAUCAGGAAUCCAAUUUCCCACUGAACUGCACCUUCAAACAACUGGUGUUGCCCUGCCACAAACUUUCUUCCCAGAACCUUUUCAGAAUCAAGAUGGGAUUAUCCUGGAUAUACCCAAACCCCUUCCUCUUGAGUACUACGAUAGAAAUAAAAUGAUUUUUCCUGAUCGAACUGGUACAGGAAAUCUACGAUUUGACAAUGACUUCUUCAGGCAAGACUCAUUCCAGAAUAAUCGUUUCGGUCGAAUUUUGACAGGAUCCAAGAGGCCUCAGGAGGGAACUCAUACAGGAUUUGGCGGAAAUGGAGCUAGCACUAUAACGUACAACAAUGGAGACAUCUUGGUGCUUCAUCGGCCAAAUCAUGUUCAACAGCAGCAAUACCCAGUUAAUUUUGUUGGGCAGAAUUAUGCAUCUUCCAGUCAAAAUUACCAAGUUCCUCAAGUUAGCCCCAAUUACCCUACCCGGAGUGACAGUGGAAAUAUCUACGUUACGAAUUCUUUGGGUGUCAAUGAGUACUACAUUAAUGCUCAGGGACAGAAGAUUCGACUGUGAGGAAUUAUUGCUGACCCCUGAAGGCUAGAAAUUGAGGGUUUCUUUAUUUAAUAAUUUAUCAAACCCUAAAAGUGUGUAAAACACCAUGUCAUCCUCCGUCAUCCCUUCCUGUAAAUAUCCGACUAAUCCAUCAUUGGACGUGAUUGAGAUUCCACAACGAAUUGUAAUUUUAGGUAAUAAAUUCUUUUUUGUAAGAAAGAGAAAA